AUGUCUUCCCUGGUUUUCAGAAGCACCAAAUGACAUCUUUACCCUACAACAUCCAACCAAAAGAAAUGUUGAAGAAGGCUCUUCACGCUCAUUAUUCCAAAAUUGGUUCUCUCCAGCGCCCAACGUUUGAGAAAAUUCUAUAUUCCAAAAGAUGCCAAGACAUAUUACAGGACAUCUUCUGGUAUUUAUUUCUCACCAAUUUCCAGCCUGAUUUAUCUGUACAGCAGAAGUUGUUCCAUCGAGUUGCUGUCAAUUAUGUGAACCUCAUUCACCUAGCAAGGAGGGAAAAGUAUUUUGCAGACACUUUAUUUAAGGAAUUACCAAAGCUGAUGUCACUGGCAGUUUAUGGAACAUUCCAUCACAGUUUCCCAGACUCACACUGCCAGUUUGACAAUGUCUUUAAGCAAUCAGUUAUUGAACUAAUAUGGUUGUGGAUGACAGGUAAGAAUAAUAUGCACAGCGUAGCUUUAAGAGUGGAUAGCUUGGACAUAUCUGGUCACACCGUCUUUGAAAUUUGCUGUAGAAUACAAGAUAUAAAUAAUGAUUAUUGUCAUCAUUUUAAUGCCUGUUUUUCCAUACUUGCGUGGGGUAACUCUCUUUGCUCUCUUUUACUUGUGUUAGUCAUUUGACUGCGGCC